AAGCAGCAACAGCGGCGGCGACGGCGGCAGAAGCAGAAGCGCGGAUAUUUCGGACAUUUUGUGGAUUUCUGCUUGGAAUUGUUAACAUAAAGUGGACAAUGUGGGAUAGUAUCGGGUCUCGGAAUACGUCUGUGAGGGGGUGAGUGGAUGAAAUAGUGGAUAAAAGGCGGAAAACAGAAAAGAGAGGAGAAAGGAGGAUCACUUAUUCACACACACGCACGCACUCUGAGGACCGGGGAGCGAAAGGGGGGCGACCAGGGACCAGGACCCGACUUUACAUGUGGAUUAAUUUCUUUUAAUUGUUAAAAACAAAACAAAAUAAAUAAAACAAACAAGCUCACCGGAUAUCCACACACACACACACACACAACCAAACAGUUUAUACAUAAGGUUGCUGUUGACUGUCAGGUCUCGAUUCCAAAGGAUGGCCAGCGUGCAUAGAGCAGCCACGCCCACUUCCUGUGUGUAGAGGAAGUCUCGUCUUCAACAUGUCCUCUCACCCGCAGCCGGUUCCUCAGAGCCGGAGAGCCGUGGAAGCCCGACACCUGCCGAGUGCUUCCGGCCUUCCUCUGCAGAUAGGCCGCCCUCACACGCAGGAUGUCAGUAUAGUGGACUACCACACUCGUGACUUUGGAUCCCAUCUCUCCCAUGGAUCUCUCUCCCAGUCUCACCGUCGCAGACCGUCCCUGCUGUCAGAGUUUCAGCCCGGGAGCGAAAGGAGCGGCGAGGCCCACGUGCGAUACGAUCACAUAUAUCUAACCGGAGGAAACAGUCAGUCGGAGAUGGAGUACAGCGAGAUCAAACGGCCACGCCUGGAUAUGGGGGCGGAGCCUCUAAUGCGUCACCCGCCUCAGCGCCCGCCUAUGCCUCUGGCCGGAGCCGAGGACGUCGUGAAGGAGCGCAGCGGCAGUAGCUCGAUGGGAAAGAUCGAGCCCAUCUCUCCGGUCAGUCCGGCGGUCAUGGAGACCGAUCUGGACCUGGUGCCUACACGCUUUUCUAAAGAGGAGCUUAUCCAGAACAUGGACCGUGUGGACCGAGAGAUCACCAUGGUGGAACAGCAGAUCUGCAAACUGAGGAAGAAACAGCAACAGCUGGAGGAAGAGGCAGCGAAGCCGCAAGAGCCGGAGCGCAGUAUUUCUCCUCCACCCAGUGAAGCCAAACAUCGCAGCCUUGUACAGAUUAUCUACGAUGAGAACCGGAAAAAAGCAGAGGAGGCUCAUCGUAUUCUAGAGGGACUGGGACCCCGAGUGGAACUGCCGCUGUAUAACCAGCCGUCCGAUACGAAGCAGUACCACGAGAACAUUAAAAUAAACCAGGUGAUGAGGAAGAAGCUGAUUCUCUACUUCAAGAGGAGAAACCACGCUCGCAAGCAGUGGGAACAGAAGUUUUGUCAGCGCUAUGACCAGCUGAUGGAGGCUUGGGAGAAGAAGGUGGAGCGCAUCGAGAACAACCCACGACGUAGAGCCAAAGAGAGCAAAGUGCGCGAGUACUACGAGAAACAGUUCCCCGAGAUCCGCAAACAGAGGGAGCUGCAGGAGCGCAUGCAGAAGUGUGUGUUUAUGUCCUACAGCAGGGUGGGUCAGCGCGGAGGUCUGGCUUCUGCAGCACGAAGCGAACACGAAGUGUCUGAGAUAAUAGACGGCAUUUCAGAACAAGAGAACUCAGAGAAACAGAUGCGACAGUUGGCCGUGAUUCCUCCAAUGCUGUUUGACGCAGAACAGCAGAGGAUAAAGUUCAUUAACAUGAACGGUUUGGUGGAUGACCCCAUGAAGAUCUACAAAGACAGACAGGUGAUGAACAUGUGGAGUGACCAGGAGAAAGACACCUUCAGAGAGAAAUUUGUCCAGCACCCUAAGAACUUUGGCCUGAUAGCCUCAUUUCUGGAGAGAAAGACCGUGGCAGAGUGCGUCCUCUUCUACUAUCUGACAAAGAAGAAUGAGAACUACAAAAACAUUGUCCGCAGGAACAACCGCCGCAGGGGCCGCAGCCAGAAUAACCAGCAACAGCAGCAGCAGCAGCAGCAGCAACAACAUCAACAACAGCAGCAGCAACAGCAACAGCAGCAGCAGCAACAACAGCAGCAGCAACAGGUGAACCGCAACAACCAGGAGGAGAAAGACGACAAGGAGGUGGAGAAGGAGGGAGAGCGUGACGACGACAAGAACGAUGGAGACGACAAGGAGGAUGGCAUGAAAGAUGACACCUCAGGAGAGGACGGGGAAGAUAAAGAUCCCCCUGUAGCUGUUAAAGGACGUCGCACAGCCAACAGCCGCGGCCACCGGAAAGGCCGAAUCACUCGCUCCAUGGCCAACGAGCAGGAGGACAGCAGCUCUCCUCCUCUGAGCGGGGAACUGGGAAACCUGGAGAUGAACGAAAGCUCUCGAUGGACAGAAGAGGAGAUGGAGACUGCCAAGAAAGGACUUCUCCAAUAUGGCCGCAACUGGUCGUCCAUCGCCAAGCUGGUGGGCUCCAAGACCGUCUCGCAGUGCAAGAACUUCUACUUCAACUACAAAAAGAGGCAGAAACUGGACGAGAUCCUGCAGCAGCAUAAAAUGAAAUCGGAGCAGGAGCGGAAGGCCAGGCGUAAAGGUAAAGCUCUGCAGAACGAAGAGACCAGCGCUCCCUCUGCUGCUGAUGAAGAGGAGAUGGAGGGAUCUGGGGGCAGCGGCAAUGAGGAGGAAGCUCAGGAGGAUGGAGAGGGAGGCCCUAACCAGAGCUCAGACACAGAGAGUCUCCCAUCCCCGCACUCCUCAGAGAGCAGUAAGGCCAAAGAUUCCAGCUCAGGCCGCUUUAAAUCCGCGCAGCACACCACCUCUGCAUCGACAUCUUCCUCUGACAAAGAUGCUCCCGAGGAGGAGAAACCGCAAAUCAAGUGUGAGCAGGGAGCCGUGAAGCAGGAAGAGCGGCCCGAGGGAACGGACCACGAGGUUCAAGGGGAAGUGGAGGAUAAGAAGCCUCCAUCUCUGGAGGUGGAAGAAGGGAGGAAAGAAGGAAGGAAAAGAGAAAGGGAGCAAGGAGGGCGAGACAGCGAUUCCAGUGCGACGUGCAGCGCUGACGAGGUGGAGGAGACUGACAACACAGAGAAGAACAGAAUAACGCCUCCUAGGCCCAGUCUGCUGAGUUAUGCCCACGAUGGAGUGAUCUCAACCGCACUGCAGAAACCACUGGACCUCAAACAGCUCAAACAGAGAGCUGCUGCUAUACCUCCCAUAAUGCCAGACAUCUCCAUAGGUGGCAUGUUGGGGAAGCAGCAGGUGAUGCCUGACGCUCAGGCGCUCUAUGAGCAGCAGAUCAUCAUGGCACACGAGUCGUCCCAAGGAUCCAAGCAGCAGCUGCCACAGCCAGUCAAGUCGCAGCAUUACCCCGGCAGCAUCGCCGAGGCCGGUAGCCCCCGUGUCCGAGCCAGAACACCCACCCCCUCAGAGAGAGAGAAAGAAGAACUGGAGGGGGGGAAGGAAAGAUGGCUACACACUCUGCUUCAAGGAUUGCAUAAACCCCGGGCAUUCUCUCCUCUUGCUGAUGUGAAGAAAGAUCCGGGUCCGGACCACAUGAGAGCCAUGGGUCUCUGCCGUCCGGUGAUGUCUUCGUACCAGCUUUCUCAGAGAGACAUGGCCAAGCUGAGCCACGAGCAACUCCUGCACUACAACUCCUCUCUUCCUCAGCAGGAGAGGCUGGCUGGUAUGCGGCCACUGCACAUCCCUGAUCCUCCUCCCCUCAUCUCCUCAGCCAAACCAGGCGGCUCCAUCACACAGGGAACUCCAGUGCAGAUGCACAGCCCCGCCCAUGGCUCAGAGCACGGCAAGAUGACUCCGGGGGCACUUCCUCCGUCCUGGGUGGAGCAGCGGAAACUCGCCGGCUUCCCCAUGGUUAAACAGGAGCAGCUGUCUCCACGUGGCCCCACCUCCUCCCAGGCUGAGAAUUUGUCCACGCACACCAUCGCUCACGAGAGCCUCUCUGCUCGUGGACCCAUGCAAGCUGUACAAGGAGGAAGCAUCACAAAGGGCCUUCCUGGCACACGCAUCCACCAAGAAUCCUCCAUAACUUACCGUGGUGGUUCCAUCACUCAGGGCACCCCAGCGGACAUGCUGUAUAAGGGUACCAUUACUCGUCUUGUCGCUGAGGACAGCCCUAGCAGGGACAGAUCCAGAGAUGAAAACCAAACCAAGGGACACAUCCUGUAUGAGGGCACCAGUGGACACAUCCUGUCCUACGACCGACCCCUGAACCUUAAAGAGGAAGGCAAGGGAGAAAUGUUAGGGCUGAAACGUCCCUACGACAUCAUGGAAGGAGGGGGCAUCUCUCGGGCGCUGCCUCUGUCUGCUGCCGAGGGUUUGAUGGGGAGAGCAAUGCCUCAGGAGAGAGAGAGUCCUCGUCCUCAUCAUAUCCGUGGCUCGAUCUCGCAGGGUAUCCCACGACACGUAGAGUCCCAGGAAGAGUAUUCGCGGCGAGAGCCAAAGCAGCUGAAACGCGAGAGCUCGCCGUCUCCCCGAGGCAGUGACGCUAUUAAGAGCCGCCCCCACGACGGCGUGGUGCCCACGGUUAAAGAGGCCGGACGCUCCAUCCACCUCAUCCCUCAAGAGGGUGUCCUGAUGAGCAAAGCACCUAAAGAGGGCUCCAUCACACAGGGUACGCCUCUCAAACUGGAGCCUGGGGGUUCGUCUAAGCGCCACGACGUGCGCUCCAUCAUAUCCAGCUCACCUCGGCCGUACUCGGGUCUCCCACCUCAUUUGGAAAGAGGACACUACGACGAGCCGGGCCCUAAGUCUCGGCCCAGCGCUGUGGUCAGCACCUCAAGCACCCUGGUGCUAGGGGCAGAGCAGGCAGGAAAAAGCCACCACAGCCCUGUGGGCUACGACGAGCACAAGAGAUCAGGAUAUGCGUCGGCUUCACACAGAGGAUCCCCGCUGACCAGCAGAGACACGCCACAGCGGCCACACGAAGGCUCUUCAAAAGUCCCUCAGCAAGAACGGAAGUCCACUCCGACUCCUCGGGAAAUGAGCACCACUAAGUCUCCGCUGCCUGUAGUGGGGGAUCACGGUGCCUCUCUGGCCUCCUACGAGAGGCUGCUGCAGAGCCUGGGAGCCGAAAUUUACCCAAGGCAGAUCCCACUCCCCUUCGAUCCUUCAACCCUGCCCCGGGGCAUCCCUAUAGAUCCAGCUGCUUACUACCUGCCCCGACACCUGGCCCCCGCCCCUGGGUAUCAACACCAUUAUCCCCCUUAUCUAAUCCGGGGCUUCCCGGAUACGGCGGCCCUCGAGAACAGACACACACUCUUCACUGACUACAUCACCUCACAGCAAAUGCACCAGUGGCCUGCAGCAGCUAUGACACAGAGAUCAGACCUACUGAGAGGCCCUCGAGACCCACCACUUACUUUAACUUAUGCAACACGAGGAACAUCUGCUUCACCAAUGGACCGCAUCAGCUACCUCCCCGGAACCCCAACUACUUUCCCCAGCAGAGGAUAUACCACCUCACCGAUCUCACCAGUCGGAAGCUCACACAUAAGCAAACUCCAAGGCACACCGACGUCGUCCGAGAGAGAGCGUGAACGCGAGAGAGGCCGAGAGAGAGAGAGAGAGCGAGACCGAGAAAGGGACCGAGAGAGGGAGCGGGAAAGAGAACAAGAGCGGGAGAGGGAAAGGGAGAGGGAAAAAGACAGGGAGAGGGAGAAGUCUCUUGGUCACGGCAACGUGGAGCACGCCCCCAUCUGGAGACCCGGGGCAGCAGAGCAAACUGGGAGCUCCAGCUCGAGCUCACGUCCAUCUUCUAUGCCAUACAGCCACCAGCCUUCCUCGAUGAGCCCUCGGCCGCAAGAGAGCCUCCAGCACAGACCCACCGUCCUGCACAACACCAACUCGAAAAACCUGAGCACAGAGCACAGCAGCCCGUCUGUACUGAGGUCUGUGUCUCAGAGUUCUUCACGUUAUCCAAACUACAGCGGGCAUCUUCACAGAGUCAGCGAAGCCUAUCCUGACUCCAGUGGGGUCAAAGAGCUGAGCCGGGAGUCGAGCAAGUCCCAGAGUCGCGGAGUUCUGCCCAAACAACCGGAGCCCAAAUCGGAGUCCAAGAUGUCCAGCCCGAGUGGUGGCGGAGUUUAUUCCUCUGCCUUCGCCCAGGCCCCCGGUGGUCACAUGGGGCUUACAGCAGGCCGAGGUCUCCCCAUAAUGGCUACUGAGAGUAGCAUCGUAAACAGGGAUAAGACUCAGAACAAGGACCACGAGAUCCGUGCACUCGCUCAGCAGAAGGCUCUGGAGCAGCACGGUGUGUUUUUUAUUUCAGAGGAGAGACUGUCUCCCAGCCAGCAGCCUCCAUCCCCUGCUGUUAAAAGCUCCCAGAGAGUGGUGACCCUCGCCCAGCACAUCAGUGAGGUGAUUAAGAAAGAUUACAUGCGUCAGUCGCAACAGGGCCAGGCAGGAGGCCAGCCUGUGUUCGGCUACCUCAAUUCACCUGUGCUGGACCUCACCAGACCCCCGAGCGCCCCCCAGACUUUCUCAGAGCCGAGCGUCAGCAGCCGCUUUACCCCAGAGGGCUCCAGCAGUGACCGAGACAGGCUGAGAGACAGGUCUCCUCCUCAGAGUAAAGUGUCCCCGGUGAGUCUGUCCGCCGAGUGCAUCGAGCCCAUCUCUCCACCAGGGGGCAUGUCUGAGCCCGAAUCCCAGGCAGCGGCGUGUCCCAAUGAACAAGCAGAGCAAGGGAUGGGAUCUCGCUCUCCUUCCAGCAGCUCCCAGCCACCUGCCUUCUUCAGCAAACUCACCGAGAACAACUCCGCCAUCGUCAAGAGCAAGAAGGAGAUGAUUAAGAAGAUGGUCGUGGCCAACGAGAGCGACUUCAACUCUGGACAGCCCGGGACAGAGAUCUUCAACAUGCCUGCCUCUGCCACUGGAGGGAUGGUGAGCAUGCGGAGUCAGCCUCCUCCAGACUCUAGCGGGAACAACAUUGGCCUGGAGGCCAUCAUCCGCAAAGCUCUGAUGGGAAACUAUGACGAACAGGCAGACGAGCGCUCGCCCUCCAACUCCGGACCUCCUGCUGCUGCUGCUGCUGCUGCUGCUGCUGAGCCACGCACUGAAGAGCCCUACUCACUGCCUGGUAAAUCAAAGAGCAGCGGGCGCUCCAACGGCCGCAAGACAAAGUCUCCAGGUCCUGGACUGUCAGGUGGAGAGAGACCGUCCUCCGUGUCCUCCGUCCACUCUGAAGGAGACUGCAACCGCCGCACACCUCUCACCAACCGAGUGUGGGAGGACAGACCGUCUUCCACAGGCUCCACCCCUUACCCUUGUAACCCCUUCACGAUGAUGCGCUUGCCCGGCUCGGUGGUGUCCGGCCCCUCCCCAUCACCCACUCAGCCUGCUGCAGGACCCCCGCAGCCUCAGAGCCGUACCUGGGAAGAGGAACCCAAACCGCUGCUCUGCUCUCAGUACGAGACGCUGUCGGACAGCGAGUGAACACACACACAUCUCUUGAGGGAUUUGGGUGACCCCACACACACACACAAACACA